UACGUCCUUUUUGGCCACUAGAGGCCCCUAUCAUCCUCUAUGAGGAGUGCCCUCAUUGCCCUUUCCAUCAUGGCCGCCUGGAGUGGCCUGCUUGUCGCUCAUAACGCAUGCGCAAUGAGUACAAACAAACGUUUGCAAGAAAUUUACCGCGAAACUGUUAAAAUUAUGAAGCCUGUCCGGGGAUCGGAACGCGCCUCCUCCAAGGCACCGAAAGGCAAGAAGACAGGCGAGAAGCCAAAUAAACCCGGUAUAAAGACACGUCAACGGAGAGUAUCUCAGGAGGAGCCCCAGCCAGGAACCAGCAGCCAGAUCCCUCAGCCAAAACCACAGAAGAAGAAGAAAGGUGGCACAGUUGCAAGUUCCAGGAAGCUGAAAGGUCAGGAGAAGUGGAAACCGCUGACCAAGGCCUCCAUUACGGCUCUAGACAACAUACUGGGACUGUCUAUACUGUCUGUUCUGGCCGGAAGACGGACGAACAAAGAGGAAUUGCAGAAACAUCUGAACAUUGUGAAAAACAGGUUCCUGUCUAAACUGGCUCAACUGUCAGUCCCAAUUCAGAAACAGGAAAUGAGUCAUUCUUCCCGUCAACACCAGGAAGAGACUAGGAAGUCAGCCGUUGGCAAGAAGAUCCUCAACAAGCUGGUGGCUCAGCUGGGUGCUGUGGUGGGCUCUCUAGAACAGCUAGAGAAGGAGAGAGAGACUUUCCUGGAGCACCACUGUUUUAACGCUGGGUCUCAGACAACACAGCUGGAGCAGCAGGAGGAGAGUAACCAGCAGAUCCUCCAGUUGUCAGAACAAGGAGUCCUACCUCCCCCUGUACCUCAGCGCAAAGACGGACCCUUACAGGAGCAGAUGGUCUGUCUGGUUCGUAGCAGACACUCCGUCACCACGGCCCGUCGCCUAGCCAAGACCCUCCAGACACCAGGGCCGGUCCAGGAUGCCCAGACCCUACUGGAACGAGCCUACAGACACGCUGACGGCCUGAUCACUCCACCUACAGCUGUCAGCCAAUAGCAGGACUCCAUCCAGCCUGGUUGGACAAUAGCAGGAUUCCAUCCAGCCUGGUUGGACAAUAGCAGGACUCCAUCCAGCCUGGUUGGACAAUAGCAGGACUCCAUCCAGGCUGGUUGGACAAUAGCAGGACUCCAUCCAGCCUGGUUGGACAAUAGCAGGACUCCAUCCAGCCUGGUUGGACAAUAGCAGGACUCCAUCCAGGCUGGUUGGACAAUAGCAGGACUCCAUCCAGGCUGGUUGGACAAUAGCAGGACUCCAUCCAGGCUGGUUGGACAAUAGCAGGACUCCAUCCAGGCUGGUUGGACAAUAGCAGGACUCCAUCCAGGCUGGUUGGACAAUAGCAGGACUCCAUCCAGGCUGGUUGGACAAUAGCAGGACUCCAUCCAGGCUGGUUGGACAAUAGCAGGACUCCAUCCAGGCUGGUUGGACAAUAGCAGGACUCCAUCCAGCCUGGUUGGACAAUAGCAGGAAUCCAUCCAGCCUGGUUGGACAAUAGCAGGACUCCAUCCAGGCUGGUUGGACAAUAGCAGGACUCCAUCCAGGCUGGUUGGACAAUAGCAGGACUCCAUCCAGCCUGGUUGGACAAUAGCAGGACUCCAUCCAGCCUGGUUGGACAAUAGCAGGACUCCAUCCAGCCUGGUUGGACAAUAGCAGGACUCCAUCCAGCCUGGUUGGACAAUAGCAGGACUCCAUCCAGGCUGGUUGGACAAUAGCAGGAUUCCAUCCAGCCUGGUUGGACAAUAGCAGGACUGUAUUAGCGAUAUAUUUAUGACUAUGUAUAAGGCAUGUGUUAUAUGGCUCUGUCAUGGGCUUUGCACGGACCACCUGACUUUAAAACUGCUACAUAGUUAACAUUGUAUUCUGUAUUGGGAGGAGCCCCAUUUGUUCAUAUAUGUAUGUAUUUAGUUCCUAAGUGUUUCUUCUUUUAGUUGUAGAUGAUGAUUAAAAACCUGUAGAAGUG